AUGUCAACCACUCAGCAACCUUCUAGGCAGCUGGACAGCACCUCCAGCUCAUCUUCUUCACCUCUUUAUGAUCUUAUUUGUGUCGGCUUUAGCGCAGCUCAGCUAGCAACUGCCAUUGCCAAUCGCGAAGCACGCACCGAUUCUAAAGUGCUGUUCCUUGAGCGCAAGCCUUCUUUCUCAUGGCAUUCGGGAACGCACUUGUCUAGGUCGCGCAUGGAGACUCCUUUCCUUUACGACCUUGCAUCCCUUCGCAAUCCAAGAUCAGCAUUCAGCUACGCCUGUUAUCUGCUCGACCGAAACCGUCUGAUCGAAUUCGCAAACUCCGACCGACUGAACCCUCUGCGAGAUGAGUUCGAAGACUACAUGAAGUGGUGCGCAGAACAGUUCAAGGAUCAAGUCCGAUAUGGUAGCGAGGUUGUUGGCGUAGUACCAGAGACCCAAGACAACACCGUAAGAAGCUGGAAGGUUGCUGUGAAGGAUGGAAGUGGCAAGACAUACACUGUCCGGGCAAGGAACGUUGCUGCUCCUACCCCAGGAAAGCACAUCGGUAUGAAGACAGAACCGUUGACCGCUGUCGAUUUCCUUGCUGGACAGCGAAUCAUGCCCAUGGCCGACUACCUGUUGCGAAGGGAAGAGCUCCGUCAACCUUUCGAGCCGCGCCUGAACGUUGCUCUUGUUGGCUCCAGCCAACAAACAGUCGAAAUCUUGGAUGACUUGCUGUCAUGUCCUCGCCUUGGCAACAUCACAGUCGUAACAGAGAAUGAAGACCUUGCACCGUUGAAGGUCCUUGGUGAGCAGGAGCCACCGCAGCCACGACUGUGCUCGAUUUGGUCCAAGCCAUCCUGCGAUUCGAAGCCAGUAACAGAGUCGUCCGAACUCAUUCAAGCCAUCUACAUGCGUGCGUACGAGAAACAGGUAGCCAGCAAGAGCGAGUACGCUCUCCACCUCGUCAUCGGCAAGGAUGCUUCUGAGCCAUGCUCCAAGGCCAACGUCAUCAUCAGGGACACUGCUGCGGCUCCUUUCUCAAGCAGCGGGCUGCUGCAGAGCCUGAACACGCUCGUACUCGGCUGUCAUCAGCUUGGCGAAAGCUUCGAGGAGGUGCAGUUCAAGCGUGGCGCUGUUGCCGAUGCUCGUAUGUGGUUGAUGUCGGCGAACUCAGAGGGCGGCCGCUCAUUAGCAAAAGAUAUCUCGCUGCGAGCCGGAGAGGUAGUGAGCGCCCUGUCGUCACCAGCUGCGGACAGACGGGAUGGGCUGGUGGUUCAGGCUAGGAUUUAG